AUGCAGACGGCCGGAGGCGGAUGGGUCGUGUUUCAGAGAAGAGUGAAUGGCAGUGACUCGUUCUGGGAUCAUAGCUGGACGGAGUAUAAACAUGGAUUUGGAAAGAUUGGGAAGAACACUACUUUCUGGCUGGGUAACGAGGCUCUUCAUCAACUCACUUACAAGGACCCCAAUGUGACAUUGAGAGUUGAAAUGAGAGGCGACAGAACGCCGAACGCAAAGAACCCCAAUGGAUUCUGGUGGAAUCACUACUUCAAAUUCCGGGUAUGUAACAUGUUGUUAUGA